CAUGGAGCUUGCGCUUUCAAUCAUUUUUGUCACCAUAACCUACUAGAUGGCAGGUUUCAAGCAUGCUGCUCUGCAUUUCCUACAUACACUUUCUAUCCUCCUUUACAAUGUCCUAGUCUCCCAAGGCCUAGGACUUGUUAUUAAGGCAAUGGUGAUGGACCAAAAAUCAACAACCAUACUUGGAUAUGUAAUCAUGCUUAGCUUUGAAUUGAUAGGAGGAUACUAUGCGCAAGAUGUCCCUCCUUUCAUAGCAUGGAUAAAGUAUAGGUCCAUCACCUAUAACAGUUACAAAUUGUUAAUCGGGUCUCAAUUCAAGCCAAAUGAAACCUAUCCUUGUGGCGAUUAUGGGAAGGUUUGCUCAAUUGGAGAGUUUCCAUCAAUCAAGUUAAUGGGGCUAGAAGGACAAGCUCUUGCUAGCAUAGCUUUGGGUAUCAUGCUCGUGGGGUAUAGACUCAUUGCUUAUAUUGGCCUCAUGAGGAUCGAUGUGACCAAAAAAAUGCACUAGAUAUAGGUAACUCUUUUUCUCCUUUAAUCCUAUAAUGAGCAGAGAGUUUAGAAUGUGAAAUUUAAAUAACUUACUCCCUCUGUUCCUUUUUUAUUUUAAUGGAAUACAAUUUUUGGAUAAGG